AGAAUCUAAUUGCGAUUGCUUAAAGCUGUGGAAGACCUGAAGUUCCAUUGGCUGUAGCCACCUGCUGGCGAAAAGCAGUCUUACUUGAACAAGUUUGAAGCUGAUGGAUGCCUGCCUGUAGCCACAGUCCCAAGACUCCCGAGGAAUCGAAGUCUAUAAAAACCGCCUCAAUAUUCCACAUUACACAACUGAUUCUCAGAGAAACGCGCUGCGAGGAAAUGCCUUAGAGAUAAUUUACUUGGCACUAUAAGAAUCUUGAGUUUAAAUGAGAGCUUUUAUCACUGAAGCUAAUUAAUAAUACGGAGCGCACGGGAGUGGAAUCUGUGGAAUACUAGCAAGUUUGCGACAUCGCUUUCCUUGGAUUUCUCACCUCCCACGGGACAGAAAAGGGUUUCCUGCUGACGAAAGAGAUUUCAUCAUUGUUAUUUAAGUACAAAUCUACCAAUUACUGGUGAAUCCAUGCCUGAUUCCAUGGCUGCAGCAAAUGUUAUGAUGUUCCUUGCUCUACUAUUAACAUGGCAGAUUGUGAUCAUAUAUGGGCAAGGAGCAGCUUCCAAAAAUAAUUCCAAUAGGAACUUUAGUACAGAAAAAUUAAUGACAAACAGAAUUCCUACUCCAAGCCCACCAAGACCGAAAGAUGUCCUGGCCUUUACAGAUGGAUAUCAGAAAACAGCUAUUCCCUCAAACAAAGGAAUUGGGUCUUCAUCUCCUCCUAUGUGCAUUAAACAGACGGAAAUACGACAUGCUUUCAAGUACGUCAAUUCUGUGGUCUCCUGUGUGAUCUUUGCGGUGGGAAUCAUUGGAAAUUCUACAUUGCUCAGAAUUAUCUACAAGAUCAAAUGUAUGAGAAAUGGACCGAAUGUCUUAAUCGCCAGUCUUGCCCUGGGAGACCUGCUCUACAUCUUAAUAGACAUUCCCAUUACAGUAUACAAGCUCUUGGCUGUAGACUGGCCUUUUGGUGUUGAAGUAUGUAAGCUGGUACCAUUUAUCCAGAAGGCAUCAGUUGGUAUCACAGUCCUCAGCCUGUGCGCGCUGAGCAUUGACAGGUACCGAGCUGUAGCAUCUUGGAGCCGAGUUCAGGGAAUUGGAAUUCCCUUGAGGAAAGCAGUAGAAGUAAUAGCUAUUUGGGUCAUUUCGAUUGUUUUAGCAAUUCCAGAAGCUAUAGGGUUUGACAUGUUCUCCGUUGAUUAUCGGGGAGAGAAACUGAAAGUAUGUCUACUCCACCUAACCAAACCAUCAGGAUUCAUGGAGUUCUACAAGAAUGUGAAAGAUUGGUGGCUAUUUGGCUUUUACUUCUGUCUGCCUCUGGCCUGCACUGGCAUAUUCUACACUCUUAUGACUUGUGAGAUGCUGAGCAGGAGGAAUGGGAUGCAAAUCACUCUCAAUGAUCAUAUCAAACAGCGACGUGAAGUGGCUAAAACAGUCUUCUGUCUGGUGGUUGUCUUUGCUAUGUGUUGGCUCCCACUGCAUUUAAGUAGAAUUCUGAAGAAAACUAUCUAUGAUCAGCAAGACCCCAACAGAUGUGAACUCCUCAGUUUCCUUCUAGUUCUGGAUUACAUUGGGAUUAACAUGGCUUCUCUCAACUCCUGCAUAAAUCCAGUGGCAUUGUAUUUUGUGAGUCAAAAAUUCAAAAACUGCUUCAAGUCUUGUUUAUGUUGCUGGUGUCAGCGGCCAGCUCGGAGCACACCAAUGGAUGAGAGAAUGGCUGUUGUCAAAUGGAAAGCCAACUGCCAUGCAAAUGGCCUGGAUCGGAGUAGCUCACGCUUCAGUAACAAGUACAGUUCAUCAUGAAUGUUUUUUAAGAAAACAAAGAGAAAGCACCUCUUGGCUCUCACUGCCACAUUUGUCUGUUUCAUAUCUGAACUUGCAUGCGUGCACUUUGGAAAAUCCAAAGCAAAUGUCUGUCUACACAUUGAGAAUCUGAAUAUUUGCAGGAACAAACAAAGCAAACACUUUCUCUGGGGUCGCUAUAUUCCAAUAUCAAGGUUGAUCUUUUAUUGAUCACCCACAUAAAUGUUUAAUUGCCAUAGAGCACAAACUGAAAUAUGAAUUGGUUAUCCUAAUGGCAAAACUUCUUUCGAAUAAGAAACUGAAAAUCAACAUUAUUUCAUAAAGAUUCCAAGAAAUUGCAGUUGCAGGUCUCUAUGCACCAAUCCACUAGAAGAUUCCUUUCUCCUAGAAAGCAUACCCACCUUUUCAAAAUAAUUAGUUAGUGUUUCUUAAUGGCCACCUGUAAGGCUGUGUUGCUAAACACGUUCUACACUAUAUUCUAAUUACUUCAUUUAUUGGAAACUUCAAAUAAAUGCCCUCUGAAUCUGUAAAAUUAGAAAUGAAGACUUCGGCCCCAGAACUAGCUGCAUACCUUGCCAAGCUGUUCCAUACAGUUACAAUACUAGCAUCAAUGUGAUAUUGUGAAAAAUUGCCGAGAUAUAUCCUGUGAACAACAAUGCAGAACAAAUCAAACUAACUAGUUACCAUUAGGCUAUUUUCCAUCAUCAGCAAAUUGACAAUAACAUCUUUCAAGUGAAACUUUUUCAGCUCACUGAUGCUCAGUUUGGCUUCUGUCAGGGCCUUUUGGCUCUUGACUGCAUUACAACUUUAGACUGAAAUGAACAAAUGAACUGAACUGAGGACUAAUGGGAACAGUAACUGCACUUGACAUCAAGGUGGCACUUGAAUAAGUAUGGUACCAAGUAGACCCAUCAAAACUAAAGUCAACAGAAAUCAGGAGAGAUCUCUUCCACUGGUUAGUCAUGUCCAGCUCAAAGAAAUAUGGUUGUGGUUGUAGAUGUAAUCUAAUCAUCUCAGACCCUCGACACCAUCACAAUAAAUUCUUAAGGUUGUACCUGAUGCCCAAUCGCCUUUAGCUACUUCAUUAAUUACCUUCCCUCGUCAUAAGGUCAGAAUAGAUUUGUUUAUUGCUGAAUAUUCAGUAACAUUUAUAACUACUUGGAUACUGAGGCAGUGUGUUGAUAAGCAGCAAGAUCUAUACAACAUCCAUACUUGGGCUAAUAUUUGGCAAAUGAAUAACAUUCACAUUACACAACUUACAGGCAAUGAUCAUCUCCAACAUAACAGAUUCUAGCCAACUUCCCUUGACAUUGAAUAACAUUAUGAUUACAGAACCCUCCAUUCCAAAUUUUGGGUUAUCAUUGACCAGAAACAGAAUAGGACCAGCCAUAUAAAUACGAUAGUUACAACAGCAGAUCAGAGAUUGGUAAUUCUGAGACAAGUAGCUCACCUAAAUUGUCAAAGCCUGUAAUGCCAAAUCAGGAGUGUGAUGAAUAUUUUCCACUUGUCUGGAUGGAUGAGGUCAAAUGAUUAACAACUCAUUCACCAAUUUGAAACAGCCCUCUCUCCAUGACCCACCGACCACUGCAAUACUGCAUGCACAGAUGCACCACAGCAAUUCCAUAAGCGUCAAUUAUUAGUACUUUCCAAAACUUCUAAAAUCUGGAAUGACAUGGGCAGCAAACACAUAGAAACACCAUCUGUUAGUUCUCCUCCAAGCCACAUAAAAAUCAUGAUUUUGAACUAUAUCAUUAUUCCCUCAUAAUUAUUCAUUCAAAACCUUGGAAUUCCCUUCCAAACAGUAGUGUAGAUGUGUCAGUACCAGAUGUGUUGCAGUAGUUCAAGCAGGCGAAACUCUGCAGGUCUGGCAGCAUCUGUAGAAUGAGAAAACGUUAAUGUUUGGGUUCACUGGACUGAGUUAGAUAGAUGUAGGCCAACAAUCCUAUUGCAAACUAAUGUUAAGAAGCAGGUACCUAUCAUUGACAAAUUCCUUGGUUGAAAUGAAACACCUUUAAAGGUUUCAAACACAACAUUUUCAAAGGCUAAAGCUAAUUUUUUAGUUAGCAGAAACAAACCAGGAAAACCAUACUCACACAGUGCUACUCAAGAGAGGGGGAAUAUCCCAACCACAAGCAUAGUCUUUCCUGAAACAACCUCGAGACAAAGGCCAAUGCUCACAAUUAAAUUUAAUCUUACCCAUAUUAAACUGAUUCAAUUCCAACCAGAGAAAACAUCCAAACAUUUUUUUAAAUUCAGGAAGAUAACUAAUUUUCAGUCAGCAUCUUUCUUUUUUAAGGCAUUUACAGCCUACUCUUUAUUGCCAGGCUACAUGACAUUAACUAGCUGACAGUAUUUACCUUGCUUAAUGUUCACGUUUGCAAAAGUCCCUUUAGAUCUGCCAAGUUGCACUGCAUGCCUGUUGUAUUUUUAUAAGCAGCUGGAUGUAACAGGAAAUGUAUUGCAGAUAAAAAGAUCUAAGACAAGCAAAUCUAGUCUUCAGUUGGACUUACCGAGUAUCUGGAAUUUCAAACUCAACAAUCUGAUCUAAAACAAGAGAAGAUCAACCUAGGAAAUUAAAUAUGUACUUACCUGCUUCCACAAAAUCAGCUGCCUUCAACUGGUGUGGUAGGGUUUCUGUGAAGACUAUUUCAAGCCAUCAAACAAACUAAUUUUAAUGUUCUUAAUGUUUAUUUUUCAAAAUAUAAAAAUAUACAGCAUCAUAAAACUGUGUGCCUUAUCACAAUUGAUCCAUUCGUUCUUCUUGUUUAUGUUGCUCUUUAUAUUCCUUAAUACUGACCUAAAAGAAGAAAUUAAUCAGAAUCAGCAAUGUGACAGUCAAGCAGAAUGCAUUGCAACAAGCUGAUAAUUCUGUGAAAGUAUAUCUCAGUAUUGAUAGAUUCAAAUUGGGAAGAAUAAGCACUUCCUGAAUGAUGCAAUUAAAAUAUAUACCCUCACAUUGUGUAGUUAUUGCAAAUACACUUAUAAUUCGACUGUGUAUACAAUCCUACUUUACAUUGUAUUGUCAAUACA